GUGUUUUUGUCUUUCAUUCAGCCUUCCUUCAACCUAGUUGACUUCUGCUGCUGUAUGCAUCGAAGUGUUUAUUUCUCAAGUUCACUGUAAUUAGUGUUUGUGCUACUCUUAAAUAUGUCUUCAUUAAGUCGAGUAUGUAAGUUUAAUGUUCUUAGAAGAAUAUCAAGUGUACCGCAGUGCCUAUCUAAUGUACGUGCCAUAUCAACUUCGAACAAGAAGAACGAUACGACUACGGCUGUUGAACCAACUGCAGUUCAGGCUGAGGAUAAAAAGACUGCAGUCGCUACGAAAAAGAAAUUCUUUUAUGAUUAUGGGUUUUCUGGAAAAACUGAAGAAGAGGAACACAAUCGUAUGCAUGCCAUGUUCUUCACAUACAUAACGAUUGGUUUCGUAUUGUCAGGAUUUUAUUUAUAUUACAAACCCAGUACCAGUAUGCGUGAUUGGGCUCUAAGGGAAGCUUAUUUGGAGCUUAGAAGGAGAGAACAGCUUGGAUUACCUUUGAUUGAUCCAAAUUAUGUUGACCCAUCAACUGUUUACCUACCUUCAGAUGAAGAACUUGGAGACACAGAAAUCAUCAUUUAAAUUGAUGUAGGCGUAACACUUAGAUAUAUGAUUAUGUUGAAGUUGACCGAAAAUACGAUUUUUAGCUCAUUGGAGUGGGCCAAAAUUGUAAAUUAAAACAAAUCAUAAAUGCUUGUAAAUACUUGUAUGAUUACUUAUACAAUAAAUAUGUAUGAAUGA